UGUCCAAUUAUGGAAAUACGGACCAUGUCAACCGUGGACACUGUACUUUGUCUUGUUGUAUGACUAUGACUAUGAUGUCUGUAAGCUCCUGAGUGUUGAGCGCAAGGAGAGAGAGAGGAGAGCCACGUUCUGUUCUGUUCUUAUCUGAGUUGGAUCUCAUCAGGGUGGAAGAUGACGACGACGACGACGACGGGAAAGGGCAACCCUCCCAUGGCGAAGAAAGUGAGUCAGUUGAUGGAAAUGUUCGGGGACGUGAGGGUCGACAACUACUAUUGGCUACGCGAUGACUCUCGCUCCAAUCCUGAGGUUCUCUCCUACCUCAAACAAGAGAACCAUUACACCCAUUCCAUCAUGUCCGAUACCAAAAAGUUUGAAGAUGAUCUGUAUGCCGAAAUAAGAGGGCGGAUCAAAGAGGACGAUGUGUCUGCGCCUGUACGCAGAGGAGCUUACUAUUAUUACCAUAGGACUCUUGAGGGCAAGGAGUAUGUUCAAUACUGUAGGCGUGCUGUACCCAAUCCGGACGCCCCACCUUCUGUGCACGACACCAUGCCCAUGCCCGAUGCUCCUCACAACGAACAACAUAUUAUCUUGGACGAGAAUGUUAAGGCUCAAUCUCACCUUUUUUAUAGCAUUGCUGCGUUUAAGGUUAGUCCCAAUCACAAGUUGGUGGCUUAUGCUGAGGAUACUAAAGGAGAUGAGAUUUAUACUAUUUAUGUCAUUGAUGCUCACACUGGAGCUCUUAUGGAUAAACCUCUUGUUGGUGUCACUGCCUCUCUUGAAUGGGCUACUAAUGGUGAUGGGGCUUUUGUUUAUAUCACCAUGGAUCAAACUCUCCGCCCUCACAAGGCAUGGUUACAUAAAUUGGAAGAGGAGCAAUCAAGUGAUACCUGUCUUUAUCACGAAAAAGAUGAUACCUUUUCUCUUGAUCUUCAAGCUUCUGAGAGCAAGAGGUUUUUGUUUGUUGCUUCUGAAAGUAAAAAUACAAGCUUCAACUUUUAUCUUGAUGUUUCAAAGCCUGAAGAUGGACUUCAAGUUCUCACACCUCGUGUAGACGGCAUUGACACCUCAGUCAGCCAUCGUGGGAAUCAUUUUUUUAUCAAGAGGAGGACUAAUGAGUUUUUUAAUUCUGAAGUUAUAGCUUGUCCUCUGGAUAAUACAUCUGAAACUACACUUCUUCUUCCACACAGGGAAAGUGUAAAAAUUCAGGAUAUACAACUCUUUAACGAUCAUAUCGUUGUAUAUGAGCGCGAGAAGGGCCUACCAAAAGUAACUAUUUAUGGCCUUCCGGAUGUUGAAGAACCGCUUAAGAGCCUUCAAGGUGGUCAUACAGUUGAGUUUGUGGAUCCUAUAUACUCAGUGGAACCAUCAGAGUCGCAAUUUACUUCCAGCAUUUUACGACUUGACUAUAGCUCAAUGAAGACUCCUCACUCAGUGUAUGAUUAUGAUAUGAAGACAGGCAUUUCUGUCUUGAAGAAGAUCAAAACAGUGUUGGGGGGUUUUGAUGCAUCAAAUUAUGUUACUGAAAGAAAAUGGGCAAAUGAUCAAGAUGGUACUCAGAUUCCUAUUUCAAUUGUUUAUCACAAGGAUCUAGUGAAACUUGAUGGGUCAGAUCCAUUGCUACUUGAUGGCUAUGGUUCUUAUGAGAUAUGCAUAGAUCCCUGUUUCAACGUAUCAUGCCUGUCUUUGUUAGAUCGGGGUUUUGUUUAUGCAAUAGCUCAUAUCCGUGGAGGGGGUGAAAUGGGGAGGCAGUGGUAUGAGAAUGGAAAGUUGUUUAAGAAAAAAAAUACUUUAACUGAUUUUAUUGCUUGUGCUGAGUACUUAACAGAAAGCAAGUACAGCUCAAAGGAAAAAUUGUGCAUUUGUGGAGGAAGUGCUGGUGGAUUGCUCAUUGGAGCUGUCCUUAACAUGAGGCCUGAUUUGUUCAAGGCUGCUGUUGCUGAAGUACCUUUUGUAGAUGUGUUGACUACAAUGCUGGAUCCCACUAUCCCCCUUACUACUUCAGAGUGGGAGGAAUGGGGAGACCCGCGGAAGGAAGAGUUCUACUUCUACAUCAAGUCAUAUUCCCCUGUUGAUAAUGUUAAGGCACAAAAUUAUCCUAAUAUUCUUGUCACAGCUGGUUUAAAUGAUCCACGUGUAAUGUAUUCGGAACCUGCUAAGUUUGUGGCAAAACUAAGGGAUUUGAAGACGGAUGAUAACCUACUGUUGUUUAAAUGUGAAUUUGGUGCUGGGCAUGAUUCAAAGUCGGGAAGUCUUGAGGAAGAUUUAUCAAAUUGAGAAAUACAUUAGGCUACUCUCCAAAUUGGCUGAUUUCCUUCACUUCCUACUUAAAGAAGAAAAGGAAGCUGAUAUUGGGGAACAAAGUGUAGAAGCUCUCCCAAGUUUAUCCCGCCAUCAAGGAGGUCCUUGGAAUGACAAGUCAGAGAGGUGUUUCAAAGGAUUUUGCGCCACUGAACUUGUCCUGUCCAUGGUGUCGAUCUUUUUUUUUUCUUUUCUUUCUUUCUUUCCUUCUUCUGUUGUUGCUAUUGUAUAAUUGAAUUGUUGAUCAAGUUGUUGAAUUUUUCAUGUUGUAGCUGAUUUUGUGUUCAUGAGUAUAUGUGAUGUAUACAAACACAGUUAUACAACUCAUGGUACAUACAAUUUUGUUGUAUUUUUUACUUGCCUAUUUCUGUUUAUCAAAAAAUUCUUUUUCUAGGCUUUA